AACAAAUCAAGAUGCGAUAACGUUUAAGAGAAGGGCACCAAGAGCUUCAAAACAGAUUUCAGCGGGGGAGCUCACAUGAUCAAAGAGAUGAACCUGGAUGAAGACAGCGCCCUGUCAGUCAGUUGUGGCAACGGCAAACUGAGACAGUGGCUGAUUGAUCAGAUCGACAGCAGGAGGUAUCCUGGCCUGGUAUGGGAGAACGAUGAAAAAACCAUUUUCCGUAUUCCGUGGAAACACGCGGGCAAACAAGAUUAUAACAGAGAGGAGGAUGCUGCGCUCUUCAAGGCAUGGGCAAUGUUCAAAGGAAAAUAUAAGGAAGGUGUGGACAAGCCGGAUCCCCCCACAUGGAAAACUAGGCUACGCUGUGCUCUUAAUAAAAGCAAUGACUUUGAUGAGUUAGUAGAAAGAAGCCAACUGGACAUCUCAGAGCCCUACAAGGUCUACAGAAUCAUUCCAGAGGGAGCCAAGAAAGGUAUUCAAGGAUUGAAGAUGGGCAAUAUAGAUGAGACACCAUCACAUGUAAAUGCCCUUGGCUACAUUCCUCCAUAUCCACCCCUGCACAACCAGGUACCCUUUAUGGUUUCUCAGGAGAGAAGGGACUGGAGGGAUUUCUCACCGGCAGAGCAACCACCUCUUCCUCCACCACAUCACCAUGGGCCACAUGCAGAGCUGCAGUAUGGGCAGUGCCACUACUCAUCAGCAAUCAGUCGGCCUUGGCCAGGGUCACACACAGAAAAUGGUUUUCAGCUCUCCUUCCACACCUACUUUUCAGAGUCACAACAACCCAUGUAUACAAUGGACCACAACAAUCCAAUAACAGAUUUCAGCCUGCAUGUGUCCCUAUACUACCGAGAGUCUUUGGUGAAGGAAGUUACCACCACCAGCCCAGAAGGUUGCCGGAUCACCUCUUCUUCCUCUUCCUCUUCUCCAUCCUCUUCCUCACGCUCUUCCCCAUGCCCAGAGGACAAGUUUCACAGUGGGGCAGAAAUCAUCCUUUUUCCAUUCCCAUAUCCUGAGUCUCAGAGGCAGGGUGCUGAGAUGCUUCCAAACAUACUAGAAAGGGGGGUGCUUCUGUGGAUGAUGCCUGAUGGGUUGUACGCUAAGCGCCUGUGCCAGGGACGAGUAUACUGGGAGGGACCUCUGGCUCCUUAUAUGGAUAAACCAAACAAGCUGGAGAAGGAGCAGCCAUGCAAACUGUUUGACACCCAGCAAUUCCUCAUGGAGCUUCAAAAUUUUGCCCAUAAUGGCCGACAUCUACCGAGACACCAGGUGGUGCUAUGUUUUGGAGAUGAGUAUCCUGACCCACAGCGGCCAAGGAAGCUGAUCACGGCACAGGUGGAGCCAGUGUUUGCCAGAAAACUGGUGUUCUAUUAUCAGCAGAACAAUGGCCACUACCUGCGGGGCUAUGAUCAUGUCCAGGAACAGAACACAUCUCCAGCAAUCGACUAUCCUUCCCAGAGACCUCUACAGCAUAUUCAGGAUGACACCCACAACCAGUGCUGACAGAGAGACGGAGGCGGUCAGAGUGACAGCUCAUGGGCCGUGUUGCGUGAGAGUGACUUGGGCUGUUCUCAGACUCUGUGUGGUCUGGGUGUGUGGUCUCCAGCUGACGGGCAGGGAGGAGGACGAAAGAGCCCUGUGAGAAUAUGUGUGUGUGUGUGUGUUCAUGCCUGUGUGUGUGUUCAAGUGUUUACUUUAUCCAGAGUCAGGUCCAGGCUCUCUGUAGCCACGGCUUAACUAGAAAGCUCUGCCUUCCGCCACUCAGCAGCCCUGGUCUGAAAAAUAAACACACAUUGCCACCACUCUGACAUGGCUCAUCUAAGGAUAAUUUUUAUCCAUGUAUACACUUAUGGGACCUGAGAGACCUUUAGGUUAGAGGGUCUUAGACUAGUGUGUAAUUUCUGAAACUAUAGCCUUGUAUCGUGUACUUGUUUUACAUCUUUUCCAACGAAUACUGGAUUAGAAAUUGACACAAUUUCUAAAUCAAUCUCUCAACUGAAAAUAGUUUGUGUACAUUUUACAUUUUUACAUAUAUUUAUAAGUUUAUUAUAUAUUGAACUUUUAUCCUUUAUAUUUCUUCUUUUCCAGUCCUUAUUUUUUUGCUCUAGUCUUUUAGCACAAUCUUGGGAGCAUUUCACGAGACCUAUUACUUCUGUAUUUGACAAAUAAAUCUCUGAAUCCUUGAAUCCUAAUUGAUGACAAGAUUCUUUUUCUUUAUUUAUACUCUUCCUUUACAUUUAAGGCAUGAAUAAAUGUUGGUUGCCUGGCUCAGCACUAUGAAUAGAGCCAUUUUUCAUUGCAUCUGAAAUAUUUCUUCCAUGUUCAAUGAAUCCAGGUUUUUUGAUUCAGUUUUCUUCUCUUCUUUUUUUUCUUGUUUUGUGAAUAUUUUGACAAGUGUGUUAUAGGUGUAUAUUAUUAAUGAAAAAAUCAAGUCAAAUGUAAUGUCUUAAUUUAAUUUGCAGUAUGACC